AUGUUCUGGAUUUUUAGCUUUGGGCUCCUGUAUGUUCCCAAUUUUGGGUGUGCCUUUACUGACAAUGAAUGCUAUGUAAGAGUCAUGGAAUAUUUUUACCAUGAAGGAGAUGUGACGAUUGGUGCAUUUUUUCCUCUUCAUAUUUUCUACACAGGCAAAAAAGUUCCUCAUGAAUAUGUGCCAUACCAUUAUGGGGACCUUCACAUACAAUAUAAGUUUAAGAACUACAAGUUUGUUCUGGCCCUGGUGUUUGCCAUUGAAGAAAUCAACAGAAAUCCUCAUCUUCUACCCAACACAACCCUGGGCUUUGAUCUUUAUAAUGUCCCAUUUACUGAAAAGAGUAUUCUUCAUAGUGCCUUUUUUUGGCUCACAAGAAUGAGCAUUCCUCUAGCUAACUACAACUGUGGGCAGAAGAGAAAGUCACCUGCUGCACUCACAGGGACAGCAUGGGCAACAUCUUCCCAUAUUGGGACACUGCUACAACUCUACAAAAUACCACAGCUCACCUUUGGGCCAUUUGAUUCUAUCUUAAAUGACCGAGGUCAAUUUAAGUCUCUCUAUCAGAUGGCCCCCAAUGACACAUAUCUGUCACUUGCCAUAGUCUCUUUGAUGCUUCAUUUCAGCUGGUCUUGGGUUGGUUUGAUCCUCCCAGAUGACCAUAGAGGGACUCAGAUACUGUCAGACUUGAGGGAAAAUAUGGAGAGUAAUAACAUCUGCAUAGCCUUUUUGAAAAUGAUCUCUGGUACCUGGAAUUCAUUUUCCAAUAUAAUAUGGAAAAAUAUUGAAAUUAUUUCAGAAUCAUCAGCAAAUGUGAUUGUUAUUUAUGGGGAUAUUGUUUCUUUACAAGGCUUAAUGAGACAUAUUUCACAACUCUUAGUGACAUGGAAAGUCUGGGUCUUGAACUCUCCGUGGGAUUUUGACAGCCAUUCUGAUUAUUUCAUGGUAGAGUCAUUUCAUGGGAGCCUCAUUUUCUCACACCACCAUGAAGAGAUGGUUGAGUUUAUUAAUUUCAUUCAAACAGUUAAUCCCUAUAAAUACCCAGAAGACAUUUAUCUUCCUAAGUUUUGGUAUUUGUUCUUCAAGUGCUCAUUCUCUGAGUCUGAUUGUCAACUUUUAGAGAACUGCCAACCCAAUGCUUCUUUGGAGUUGCUUCCCAGGCAUGUUUUUGACCCAACCAUGAGUGAGGAGUCCUACAAUAUAUACAACGCUGUAUAUGCAGUGGCCUACAGUCUCCAUGAGAUGAAUCUUCAGCAAAUACAGAUACAAGCAUAUGAUAAUGGAGGGGCAUUCUUUCCCUGGCAGCUACUACCUUUCCUAAAGAAUACCCUACUGAAAAAUUAUGUGCGAGGUCACACAUUAAUAGAUGGAAGGAAAAAAAUAGUUUCAGAGUAUGAUAUUCUCAAUUUUUGGAAUUUUCCAAAGGGUCUGGGAUUAAAAGUGAAAGUGGGAACUUUUUCUCCAAAUGCUCCCCAGGGGCAACAGUUCUCUUUGUCUGAGCAUCUAAUAGAAUGGCCAGUAAAAUUUACAAAGAUUCCUCGGUCAGUCUGCAGCGAGAGCUGUAGGCCUGGAUUCAGAAAAGCUUCCCAGGAAGGAAAGGCUGUCUGUUGCUUUGACUGCACUCCUUGUGCAGACAAUGAGAUUUCCAAUGAGACAGAUAUGGAUCAUUGUGUGAAGUGUCCAGAAAGUCACUAUGCAAACUUAGAGAAGAACUACUGCCUCCAGAAAUCUGUGAGUUUUUUGGCCUAUGAAGAUCCCUUGGGGAUGGCCCUAACCAUAACAGCAUUGUGCUUGUCUGUACUCACAGCUACAGUCCUUGUAGUCUUUGUGAAGCACAGAGACACACCAAUUGUCAAAGCCAAUAAUCGGGCUCUCAGCUACACCUUGCUAUUGACACUCAUCAUUUCUUUCCUCAGUUCCUUGCUCUUCAUUGGCCAGCCCAACACAGCCACCUGCAUCUUGCAGCAGAUAGCGUUUGGAAUUUUGUUCACUGUGGCUCUCUCCACAGUGUUGGCCAAAGCUAUAACAGUAGUUAUUGCAUUCAAAGUCACUGUUCCAACGAGAUUGGUGAGGUGGUUAAUAGUAUCAAGGGCCCCUAAUUUCAUCAUUCCCAUUUGCACACUGAUUCAACUUGUUCUGUGUGGAAUAUGGCUGGUUACCUUUCCACCCUUCAUUGAUCAAGAUACUCAUGCUGAGCAUGGUAACAUCAUCAUUGUGUGCAACAAGGGUUCAUCAAUUGCCUUCUACUAUGUCCUGGGAUAUCUCUGCUCUUUGGCACUUGGGAGCUACACUGUGGCUUUCUUGUCCAGGAAUCUUCCUGAUACAUUCAAUGAAGCCAAGUUCCUGUCAUUCAGCAUGCAGGUAUUCUUCUGUGUCUGGGUCACCUUCCUUCCUGUCUACCAUAGCACAAAGGGGAAGAUUAUGGUGGCUAUGGAAGUCUUCUCUAUUUUGGCUUCCAGUGCAACACUUCUUGGCUUGAUCUUUGUGCCUAAGUGCUAUAUUAUUUUGUUAAGACCAGAGAAAAACUCCUGCCUUGCGAUCAGGCAGAAAACCCAUUCAAGAAAGAAUAGUCAUUUAUAA